CAGGAAUUCUCAGAGAGACCAAUCGCCCUCGAUGCAUAAAGCUUCUUGCAGCAUUCCCUUGAAAAGGGUCAUACUUUUGAGCCCUCUGAUCUUUACCGUGACUUCCUGUGGAGUUCCUGCACUGGAUCCAAAGCUGUGUUGAAUUAAACCAACCAAAUGCCACAAAUGAAAUGAGCCCUGAGUACUGAACAGCAUGGAGGCACAUGACAACAUGAAUAAGGAAGUGGACUCGAAUUCUUCAUUCGACUGGCCUCACGUGCUGAAUUAUAACGGGACAUACAAGUACCUAUACUUAGAAAGCAACGUCUCCUAUGUGGACUUCUACCUUCAUCAGCCUUCAGUGGCAGCUGUCUUCAUCGUCUCUUACCUCCUAAUCUUCCUGCUCUGUAUGGUUGGCAACGGGGUGGUUUGCUUUAUUGUCCUGAGGAGCAAACAUAUGCGUACAGUCACAAACCUUUUCAUCUUAAACCUGGCUGUCAGCGAUUUACUGGUGGGAAUCUUCUGCAUGCCCACCACCCUCCUGGACAACAUCAUUGCAGGAUGGCCUUUUGGGAGCCUGGUUUGCAAGAUGAGCGGGAUGGUCCAAGGAAUCUCUGUUUCUGCCUCUGUCUUCACUCUAGUUGCUAUUGCCGUAGACAGGUUUCGAUGCAUUGUUCAUCCGUUUAAGCAGAAGCUGACCAUUUCAACUGCAGUCGCCAUUAUAGCAGUCAUCUGGAUUCUGGCUGUCACCAUCAUGUGUCCGUCCGCUGUCAUGCUGCAGGUACAAGAAGAGAAGCAUUUCAGGGUCAUCCUUGGCGAUGGCAACAAAACCCGCCCUGUCUACUGGUGCCGGGAGGACUGGCCUAACCCAGGAAUGAGAAAGAUCUAUACGACAGUUCUGUUUGCCAACAUCUAUCUGGCUCCUCUGUCGCUCAUUGUUAUCAUGUAUGCUAGGAUAAGCAUCGCUCUCUUCAAUACAGCAAUGCCUGUGGUGGGAAAACACAGCCAGAAGCAGCGGCAUGGUGUGUCUAAGAAAAAACAAAAGGUCAUCAAAAUGCUCAUUGUUGUGGCUUUGCUGUUCACCCUGUCCUGGCUUCCCCUGUGGACUCUGAUGAUGCUCUCAGACUACGCCAACCUUUCAGAUAUCCAGUUGCAGAUCAUCAACAUUUAUAUCUACCCCUUUGCUCACUGGCUGGCUUUUUUCAACAGCAGUGUCAACCCCAUCAUCUACGGUUUCUUUAACGAAAACUUUCGCCGAGGCUUUCAGGCAGCCUUUAAGCUUCAGCUCUGCUAUAGGGAAAUUGUUCACAGGGAGGUCUAUUCUCAGCGAGGCCAAAGCAAUGCUAUUUUGCCAGCUGCCAACUACCAGACACCCCAGGAUCAAGCUUGUCAAAAUGCUAAGGGGGAGGGGAGGAUGGUUAAGAAAGGAAAUUGGGUGAAUAACCAGCAGGAUUUGAUAAUGGAAGACCUAGAAGAGCCCUGCAAUGAUGGGAUUAAGUGAAACAUGCUAUGAACUACCUAAAUGAUUUAUGCCCAGCAGAGUUUAUUUACUGUGUUGUGAAACUUGUGCUCUGUAAGCCCUUUCUGACAAAAAUGUCAAAAUGUUUCUGUUUUGAGGGAGAUACACAACUUGCAUAAUAUCUGAUCAUCUCAUAUAAGUAGGAAAUCAAAUUCAGCCCUUUGUGUUACCAGCUUAAACCAGUGGCAACUCCCCUGCAGUCAGUGAUGACUCACCGGUCUUGAACUGGGCUGGAGCAAAAAUGUGAUUAAAAUGGGAUUACCUUCUAUUUAUUAUGACAUAAGAGACUAGGAGAACUAUGAUACAAUUACUCCAGCUACUCACUGAUGCGGAGGAGAACAUUCAUUCAUUUUCUUCUGUGAAUCUCUCAGAGCAGUGAAAAUAGGGUUGUUCGAACAAUAUUUAUGGUAAUGUUUCAGCGUGUAAGGCUAGUUGUUGUUAAUACCUACAAUUUUCUUCUGGUCUUGGAAAACAAAACCACCCCUUUAGUUUGUAGCAUCCAGCUAGACUGUGAAGCUGGACAAAGGAAGGACUCCCAUGACUUGCCGCGGCCCUGAGCAAUGCCCCCUCCUUGGGGUUUCACUGCUGGGGCUUGAGGCAGCUCUGAGCCAGUGCAGCCAAGGGUGUCCCCCUUGUUACAUUAAGAAAUAAUUUUAUCUGUAGACCAAAAUACCUACUAAUGAGAUUGAUAAAAAAGUCCACCGCUAAAGACAAGACAAAUCCAGUGAGCCCACUUCUUGAUUUAACAUAAAUUUCUCUUUGUUCAGCGAUGGGUCCUUGGCACUACUCUUUUGGCUGCUUCUGUGAAGCAUAAGCUUGUUCCUUGAACUUGUCAAUCCAUUAUUCUAUAACUCCUAUUAACUGAAAUAUUGAAGAUAGAGUCUGAAUAUUUGACCUGAGAUCACCGGUCCCUGGGUCGUCUUGUGGUUGUACUCAUAUUGCUUCUGUCUGGACAUUUUGAAUGCCAACCGGUUCCUACCUAAAUGACAAAAAAUAAGCAUCUUCAGUCACAUUCCAUUUAUUCCCCUUUCGGGUUGCCCCUCUUGAUAAUUCUGUCAUAUUAAUUA